CUCUCUAACAUCGUUCGCAGAAAAAGCUUUCUUUCUCUCUCUAGCGUUCGUUUCUCUCUCUCUCUCUCUCUGCAAGAGCAUUGUUUGUGUGUGUGUGUGUGUAAGGAUCUGCAGCAUUUCCCCAUUUCGUCUCUGAGCUUCAACUCUGCUUCAACAAUGGACACCCCUUCCGAAGACUUCUCCGAUUCCUCUCCGCCCCCCGACUCCAACGGCGGCGACCAGCGUGUCUACUUCGUCCCUUACAGGUGGUGGAAGGAUGCACAUGACUCGUUAUCGGGUGAAUCGAAUGGGAAGAAGGGCAUUGUGUAUGUGGCCUCUCCGGCUCUAUCUUAUGGCGGUCCCAUGAAGUUGAUCAAUAAUAUCUUCAAUUCAGAUCUUGCGUUCAGUCUGAGGAGAGAGGAGGAUGCUGUGCAGGAUGGCGAGAAUGGUGAAGUGGGUGUCUCCGGGAGGGACUUUGCAUUGGUCUCUGGUGAAAUGUGGGUGCAGGCAUUGAAGUGGUAUAGUGACUCUAAAGUUUCUCAGAAGGAGAAUAGGAGCUUCUCUGCAGCCGAGGAUGAUAUUUCAGAUGUUUAUCCCAUUCAAUUGAGGUUGACUGUAAUGAGAGACUCCUUGGCUGUAAGAGUAUCCAAGAAAGAUAAUGCUGCAGAGCUUUUCAAAAGAGCGUGUAAGAUUUUCAGUGUGGAUACUGAGCUGAUGCGAAUCUGGGACUUUUCUGGACAAACAACUCUAUUUUUCUUGAGCGAUAAUAGUAGGUUCAUGAAAGACUGUCCACGACAGGCAGAUCAGGAGGUUCUUCUAGAACUGCAAAUUUAUGGUUUGUCAGAUUCCAUAAAAUGCAAAGAAGGGAGGAAAGAAGAUAAAGGAUCACAUUAUUGCAAUGGAAACUCAAUUUUGAUGAAUGGGAGUGCUUGCAAUGGGAGCUCUGACACUGUUCGCUUUUUCAAAAACUCUGGAGAAGCUGGUUCUUUGGGAUUGGCGGGAUUGCAAAACCUUGGAAAUACUUGCUUUAUGAACAGUGCUCUCCAGUGCUUGGCACAUACGCCAAAACUUGUUGACUAUUUCCUUGGAGACUAUGCGAGGGAAAUAAAUCACGAAAAUCCUCUUGGCAUGGACGGCGAGAUUGCUUUAGCAUUUGGAGAUUUAUUAAGGAAGUUAUGGGAGCCUGGGGCAACUCCAGUUGCACCAAAAACAUUCAAAACGAAGCUUGCUCGAUUUGCUCCUCAGUUCAGUGGAUAUAAUCAGCAUGAUUCUCAGGAACUCCUUGCUUUCUUACUGGAUGGUCUUCAUGAAGAUCUCAACCGCGUAAAGUGCAAGCCUUAUGUAGAAGCCAAGGAUGCAGAGGAUCAACCGGAUGAAGAAGUAGCUGAUGAAUACUGGGAUUACCAUUUGGCUCGAAACAACUCUAUCAUAGUCAAUGUGUGCCAAGGUCAAUUUAAAUCAACAUUGGUUUGCCCUUUAUGCAAAAAGGUCUCUGUCACUUUUGAUCCAUUUAUGUAUCUAUCGCUACCAUUACCUUCCACAACAACGCGGACGAUGACUCUCACAGUUGUUAGUCUUAAUGGAAGUGCUAAGCCUACUCCUUACACCGUCACUGUGCCAAAGAAUGGAAAAUUUGAAGAUCUUAUCCAAGCACUUAGCAUGGCAUGUUCGUUGGGCAUUGAUGAGACCCUUCUGGUAGCUGAGGUAUACAAUAAUCGCAUCAUUCGAUUCUUAGAGGAUGCUUCUGAUUCUUUGAAGUUAAUUAGAGACGAAGAUCGGCUUGUUGCAUAUCAGUUAGCUAAAGACAGUGAAGAAGCCCCUUUGAUUGUGUUCACGCAUCAGACAAUGGAUGAGCACUACAUCCCUGGAAGUUUAACUGCACCACACAAGGGGAUUGGAAUUCCUCUUGUUUCUAGACUCGGUUCUUCUGUAAAUGGCUCCGAUAUUCGCAAUAUUUAUAUAGAAUUGCUCAGUCAAUUCCGAAAACCUAGCGAAGAUGCUUCGAGCAACAGUGCUGAUGUACAGAGCACUUCUGUGAAAGAUCCCACCUCCACCCCAACAGAGGAUGCCUCGUCUCCUGUCUCGGAUGCAGAAGUUGAUUCCUCUGCUAAUGAAAGGGUUGAUUUGGAGUUGGACAGUGAAUACCAGUUUUACAUGACAGAUGAGAAGGGCAUAGCCCGAGAAUCAAGGAUUAUAAUGGACGAGCCAGUUGGGCCUGCAGGAACAUCUGGCCGGUUGAAUGUUCUGGUUUGUUGGCCUGAAAAACUUAUAAAAGAGCACGAUACUUCUCUCUUUAGCCCGUUAACUGAGAUUUUCAAAUCCGGGUUCUUUGCAACAAGACCUCAGGAGACUGUCUCCUUGUACAAGUGCCUUGAAGCAUUCCUAACCGAGGAGCCACUCGGGCCAGAAGACAUGUGGUUUUGUCCCAGAUGUAAAGAACACCGACAAGCUAGUAAGAAGUUGGACCUUUGGAGGUUGCCAGAGAUUCUCGUUAUUCAUUUGAAGAGAUUCUCCUACAGCCGUUACUUGAAGAACAAGCUAGAGACGUACGUGGACUUCCCCAUUGAUGAUCUCGAUCUAUCAACUUAUGUUGCCAGCAAGAAUAUUCAUCAAUCGAGCCGGUACACUCUUUAUGCGAUAAGUAAUCACUACGGAAACAUGAGGGGCGGUCAUUAUACUGCAUUCAUACAUCAUGGGGGUGAUCGGUGGUACGACUUUGACGAUAGCCAUGUUCGUCCCAUCAGCGUGGACAAAAUCAAGACUUUGGCAGCUUAUGUUCUUUUCUACAGAAGAGUGGUAGAAGAGUAAUGGCCAAGGAGUAGAGCCACAUAGUAGGAAGUUUUGGAAUGACGCCAAACCCCAGAUUUUGUCUCCUGAGGUUUGUAGCAGAUUUUUGCGUUUUUCUACAGAUUAUUUCUUUCGAAGAUUAGCAUUCUUUGGUUGCUUGGGGUUUUAUGGUCUCAUGGUCGAAGAUGGAAGAGGGAGACAGAUACCGAGCUUUCAAGGUAACAAGGAAGCGCAUGUAACAUAGUAGCCAAUUAAGCAACAGAAGGGGGCAAGGCAGCAUAGUACAGUGACUACAAUUCUUUCUACAGCUUUAACACAUUCCAAACAUCGAUUUUGUGUUCGAGUUUGUAGCUGAGUUAAGGUUUUUCGCGACUUGUGGGGACUUUUUUUUGUGUCAAUCCCAUCUGGCUUGUAAGGGAACAAACUUUAGGAAUAGUUAAUAGUUAAUGGCAGGUUUGAGUUCUUCUGUGGUAUUGAUAUGGAGGAGGCUGGUUGGUGAAUUUCUUCAUGGAAUUAGCCUCUUUCUAUUUAUUUAUUUAUUCAUUAUUGUGAAAUAUAGUCAUUAUUAUUUAUGCUAAUA